AUGGAGGGCGGGUUGGCGAACCCGGCGGCGGAGGUCCGGCAGGUGUGGGCCUCCAACUUGGAGGAGGAGUUCGAACGGAUCCGCUCCGCCAAGGAGCUGUACCCCUACGUCUCCAUGGACACGGAGUUCCCCGGCGAGAUCCACACCCCCAGCAACAAGCAGUACUGGGAGCUCUCCCCGUCGGAGCGCUACGAGGGCAUCAAGGCCAACGUGAACGCGCUCCACCUCAUCCAGGUCGGCCUCGCCUUCGCCACCGCGGACUCCCGGCCCUCCCUCGCCUUCGAGAUCAACCUCCGGGAGUUCGACCCGCUCGUGCACCCCCACAACCCCAAGUCCAUCGCCUUGCUCGCCGACAGCGGCAUCGACUUCGACAGGAACCGCGCCGAGGGCGUGGAUGCGUCCAGGUUCGCGAUCCUGCUCCACGAAUCGGGCCUCCUCGGUAACUCCGGCAUUACCUGGGUCACCUUCGACCCCGCCUCCGACUUCGGCUACCUGGUGAAGCUCCUCACGGCCCGCGACCUCCCCGACACCCUCUCCGACUUCCUCCGCAACGUGGGCCACUUCUUCGGCAACGAGGUCUACGACGUCAAGCACAUGAUACGAGGGCUGCGCUUCCUCCCCGGCAAGCUGGAGGACAUGGCGCGCUCUAUCGGCGUGAAGCGCGAGGCCGGGAGUUCACACCAGGCGGGGUCCGACAGCAUCCUCGCCUGGAACGCGUUCCGCAAACUCCGGGACUUGCACUUCUCCCAGACGGGCGUGCGGCAAUUCGUCGGGGUGCUCAACGUCCUCGGGCCGAUCCCGAGCGGGUGCGGCAUCAACAGCGCUGCUGCUGCCACCGGCGACGGCAGCGGCAGCAGCAGCAACAAGCCACCUGUCGGCGGCAACUAG